UUCAUUCUUCAUUCAACUCCUGUUCUCCAUCAUCUCUGUUUCAGUUUUUUCCUUCUUGUUGAUCUAAGAUGUCUUCUUUGUUGAGGAAAGAGAUGGCCAGAGUCUUGUUCCGGCCGAAGGGACAGAAACUGGAGGAGUUUAUAGAAAUAGAGGAGCAGCAACAGGGGCGACACUUCCUCUGUGUUUCCACUAAAGAUAAACAAGUCCAGAUCUCAGUGGUGGUGUGUCAGGCUGUUAAGCGUUCACAGACCAAGAAACUGCAGCAGUAUGGGUUGGAGGACAGUUAUGAGCGAGUAGAGAUCUGGGACCUGGAAGACCUGCUGGUUCUGGAUGGCAGGGACCCUGAUAUAGAUGAUCCCUGUUUCCUGAUGUAUUUUGACAAAGUACGAUUCGUCAAAGCCAUCAGCUGUGCUGCCAAAUACUCAUUGGCUCGCUGUCUGCUUUCCCUAAGCAGGAAGUAUCGGCAUUCAGCACUAAAACUGCGGAACUUUGACUGGACGUACAUCCGCCCCACUGCUAUGUAUUCAGAUCGUGGUGACUGUAUGGUUCUCACGCAAGUUUGUUUCUAUGCCUUUAAUCUGGUGUGUCUCUCUCUGUGCCCUAUGCCUCUGGCAUAGAGAAUAUGUGAGAAUCUUGUCUAAGUCUUGUGUUAUGAGAGAUGUUAUAAUUACUCUUCCUAAAAGAAAUUGAAGAGAAAACCUAAUAGCAAAUCAUUCUUGUUCCUAAAAUUGUCCCAAAGAAUUAAAUCAUUGAUGAAGUAUGUUAAUCCAAUGAAGAACAAGUGAGUGUGGAAUAGGUAUUAUACUUUUUUGUAGUCUACACAAUUUUUUUCUUUUAUUAAUGCUGAGAGUAUUUUUAAACUUAAUCUUUCAAUGCAAGACAAUAAUGAAUAUAAUAAUUGACAUGUGUACCAGGAACACCAGUUCCACAUUACAAUAAGCUCAUUUAUAUUCCUUAUUCCUUAACUCUUUAAUUAUUUCAUUAUUUAUGAUCUUAUAUUGAUUGAAAGACUACAUGGUACAUUUAGAAACUCAUUUGUCACACCACAGUACCAUUUAAAUUAAUUAGUGCAGGCAAAUAGAUGAUUAAAAAUGGAUGAUGUUUAGAAAACAUGUUUCCAUUUUCCUCUUAUUUCCAAUAUUGGGAAGUUACAAAUAAUGAGAAUGUGCAAAAACCAUAUUUUGUUCUUUGAGCUCUUAGACCAUGCUUUGAGCACUUAGCACUAUCUGUAACAUAACUCCAGAAUGUGGGUAAAAUUUAAUUUGUGCUUCUGUAAAUUCAGCACAAAAGGGUGUCUUAUUCACUCAAGAACACUGUGACUUGAAUUUUAUUCAUGACAAUUUACAUGUAUUUUAUUAUUAGUGUUGUAAAUGGGAUUAGAGUCAAUGUAUAAAAUUAUAUAUAUGUCCAAUUGUAUGUUGUUUAUGUAUGUGAUUGUGAAUGUGAUAAACCUGGCUUAAGAAUUUUAGGGCUACUUAUUCGCACGUGUUUUAGCUUAUGAAUCUUGUUGUGUUAAUAAUUUCAGCUUUGCCCAUAUCAAUAAGUGAUACUGUGACAUAAACUUUCAAUAUUACUGUAAAUGUGAGCAAGCUUAGUGAAACAUUUGGAAACUACAUCUCAACGUGCCUAUCAUCCUUUUUCACAUUUCUAUUGUAAUGUUUCACAAGUUGGUGAGAA